GGCCGUGGGGGCGAGGGGCGGCUGAGGAGCUGUGGGGUGACGGGGAUGAGGGGCUGGUGAGGGUGAGGAAGGGUUUGGGCUGAGGGGCAGGUAGAGGUGAGGAAGGGCUUGAGGUGAGGGGCUGGUGAAGGUCAGGAACGGUUUGGAGUGAGGAAGGUGAGGGGCUGGUGAAAGAGGGUGAGGAGCUAGCGAAGGUGAGGAAGGGGUUGGGUUGAGGAAGGUGAGGGGCUGGUGAAAGUGAGGGUGAGGGGCUAGCAAAGGUGAGGAAGGGUUUGGGGUGAGGAAGUGAGGGGCUGGUGAAGGUGAGGAAGGGCUUGGGUUGAGGGAGGUGAGGGACUAGCAAAGCUGAGGAAGGGUUUGGGGUGAGAGAGGUGAGAAAGUUUGGGGUGAGGGAGGUAAGGGGCUGUGAAGGUGAGGAAGGGUUUGGGGUGAGGGGCUAGCAAAGGUGAGGAAGGGUUUGGGGUGAGGAAGUGAGGGGCUGGUGAAGGUGAGGAAGGGCUUGGGUUGAGGGAGGUGAGGGACUAGCAAAGCUGAGGAAGGGUUUGGGGUGAGAGAGGUGAGGAAGGGUUUGGGGUGAGGGAGGUAGGGGGCUGGUGAAGGUAGGGAAGGGUUUGGGGUGAGGGGCUAGCAAAGGUGAGGAAGAGUUGAGGUGACGGGCUAAUGAAGGUCAGGAAGGAUUGGGGUGAAGAUGAGAGAGGUUUGGGGUUAGGGGCUGAGAAGCUCUUUGGGUGAAGGAGUUAUGGGGCUGGAAAAGUGAGAGAGUUGAGGAGCUUUGGGGUGCGGAGGAUCUUGGGGAUGAGGGACAUAUUAGACUGCAGAGGUGGAAAUGCCAUGUGCUGUGGUGAGAAAUCAGGUCAAAGGAGAUGUUGGGAUACAAAGGUUGGGAAAGGAUGAGGAUUGAAUGGAGGAAUGAGUAAGAUGAUGUUGGAGAGACUUGUUCGGGGUGUCUGAGAUAGCCAUCUCUUUCUCAUCAGAAUUCAUUAAGUGCCCCUUUAGGAUUGUUGGGUGGAGACUGUGCUGGAAGAGGACUUGACAAAGGGAUCAAAGAAGGAAAUUAGUGUACCUUUUCAGACUAUUAAACUUCAAUAGUCUGCCAUUUGAAUAAUUCCACACUUAAUCUGUCACCUGAUCUCAAAGCAUUAUCACAAAACAAUUGAGUCUCUCCUUGCCUGAUAUGAUGGUGGGAGGGUACUAGGGAGAGAACUUACUUCCAACUUUGCUCUUAAACCUCCCAUGGAUUCAGCAGUUUUCCGUAAGAUUGUUAUCAGUGAUUUGCAACUCUUAACUGCCUUAAUUUAGUAGCUUUAGCCGGUGCAGAAACUCUGCUUUACCUUGAAAAAUACUCUCUCCAUGGGGCAGUUUUCUGUUGGAGUGCUUUGCCUUCAGUAUUCCCUAGUUAGAGAGGGGGAAAAGGAGGGGAGGAAAAGAUUUUGCAGAGGCUCUGACUUGGCAUUGGGCACAGUGAGUCAAUCAGUGUUGCUGCAGCCUGGCUAAUUCAGGGACUUACAGGUGGGAAAGGAUAGGAAAGAUUGCAGGAUGUUGAAUGAUAGAGGAGAUGUUUUCUCCUUCAGGGAAAGAGAUGUUACAAGGAUUGGAUCUUCAAGGAGAGGCAGCACUAGAUUAAUCAGCCACUCGAUGGGGAUUAACAGUGGAGCACCUCUUUGUGUCGCCUUUCCACCUCUGUGCAGCACGAAUAACAACUUCAGCACUUCUUCAAUAAUAAUUAUGAAACUGGUAUUAACUGAAUGGCAAUUAUGGAUUUUUAACUCUAACUCACAGUAAACCAGCAAGCCAUAUGUUGAAAUUCCUACCAAAUAGCUUUUCAUUCUUAAUGUCUCAUAUCUAUACAAGAAGUUGUAAGAUACCUGUUUGUACAAGAGGAAUAUAAGCAGUACUUGCCUGAGGAACAGAAGCUGAAAGAGAAGACACCCUAACUUGUUCGUGGAGUUAUGGUAGUAUUAUUUAUAUAGCUAUAACAAAUAUAUAUCUAUUUUUAUGGUAAUGAAAAUGGCUCCUCAGAAUGCUGACUCGGAAUCUAUGCAAGUUCAAGAUCUACCUGUGGCACAGCUUCAGAAACCAGAAAACAAGGAGAAUGAAAGUAGGGAGGAGACCAUUAGUGAAGGAUCCAUAGACCGGAUACCGAUACGCCUGUGGGUGAUGCAUGGUGCAGUAAUGUUUGGCAGGGAAUUUUGUUAUGCCAUGGAGACAGCUUUGGUAACACCUGUAUUGUUACAAAUUGGUCUUCCUGAACAAUACUACAGCCUCACUUGGUUCCUCAGCCCUAUCCUGGGCUUGAUCUUCACUCCACUCAUAGGUUCGGCCAGUGACCGCUGCACGCUGAGCUGGGGCCGCCGGCGGCCCUUUAUCCUUGCUCUCUGCAUUGGUGUCCUCUUUGGAGUUGCACUUUUCCUUAAUGGCUCUGUGAUAGGUCUGGCUAUAGGUGAUGUCCCAGACAAGCAGCCCAUUGGAAUAGUUCUCACAGUGCUUGGGGUUGUGGUGUUGGACUUCUGUGCCGAUGCAACCGAAGGGCCAAUUCGGGCCUACUUGUUGGAUGUGGUGGACAGUGAAGAACAAGACAUGGCCCUGAACAUCCAUGCCUUUUCAGCUGGUCUUGGAGGAGCGAUUGGUUAUAUGUUAGGAGGGCUGGACUGGACACAGACCUUCUUGGGUAGCAUUUUUAAAUCUCAAGAGCAAGUCCUUUUUUUCUUUGCAGCCAUUAUUUUCUCUGUCUCCGUUGCUCUCCACCUUUUUAGCAUUGAAGAAGAGCAAUAUAACCCUCAGCAGGACAGGAUCGAUGACGAAGGAGACACACUUUCCAGUGCCAAAUUCAGUGGCAGCCUCCCCCCUCUGAAUCGGCUGAAUGUAAUUAGUGAGGAAGAGCCGUACGGAGCUUCCAUGUUCCAUGAUGAGGUUCAGUCGGAGCAUGACCUCAGUAUGGAGUUCCUUGAGGUGAACAUUGUGAGAAGCAAGAGUGACUCAGUUCUGCACAUGCCCGAUGCCACACUGGAAAUUGAAUCGGAGCUGCUUUUCCUGCAUGACAUCGAACCCUCCAUUUUUCAGGAUGCUUCGUACCCAAACACUCCCCACAACACAAGCCAGGAGAUCAUGAAAUCCAAACUCAACCACCUGUCUGCUUUCCUCAGGGAGAAUGAGAAGGAGGAGGAGAUGUUACUUGAUAAUCGUUUAAAUGAAGAUAAAGUCCCAAACAUCAACGGCUCCCUACCAAAAGAGUUCCUCAACGGGCACGCCAGAAUAGGCAUGAAGCAGUCCAGCACUUCCAACUCCAUGCGGCGGCGGCGGCACAUGUUCUACCGGCAGCCGUCCUACACCUUCUCCUACUACGGCAAGAUCGGCUCGCACCGGUACCGCUUCCGCCGGGCCAACGCCAUCGUCCUCAUCAAGUCCUCGCGCAGCAUGAACGACAUCUACGACAUGCAGAAACGGCAGCGGCAGCGCUGCCGGCACCGCAACCAGAGCGGCACCACCAACUCCAGCGGGGACACGGAGAGCGAGGAGGGCGAGACCGAAACCACCGUCAGGCUCCUCUGGCUGUCCAUGCUAAAGAUGCCCAAGGAGCUGCUGCGGCUGUGCGUCUGCCACCUCCUGACGUGGUUUUCCAUCAUCGCCGAGGCUGUGUUCUACACAGAUUUCAUGGGACAGGUCAUCUUCCAGGGUGAUCCAAAGGCCCCUUCGAACUCAACUGAGCUGCACGCCUACAAUGCUGGAGUUCAGAUGGGAUGCUGGGGGCUGGUGAUUUAUGCUGCUACUGCUGCUGUUUGUUCAGCCUUGUUGCAGAAAUACUUGGACAACUACGACCUCAGCAUAAAAGUGAUCUACAUCCUGGGCACGCUGGGUUUUUCCCUUGGCACUGCAGUGAUGGCCAUGUUCCCCAACGUGUACGUCACCAUGAUAAUGAUCAGCACGAUGGGAAUAGUCUCCAUGAGCAUCUCCUACUGCCCCUACGCGCUUUUGGGACAAUACCAUGAGAUAAAGCAGUACAUUCACCACAGCCCCGGGAACUCGAAGCGAGGGUUCGGCAUCGACUGCGCCAUCCUGUCGUGUCAGGUUUACAUCUCCCAGAUCCUGGUGGCCUCCGCGCUCGGCGGCGUCGUGGACGUGGUGGGCACGGUCAGAGUCAUCCCCAUGGUGGCUUCAGUGGGAUCCUUCCUGGGUUUUUUGACUGCCACUUUCUUGGUGAUUUACCCCGAAGUCAACGAGGAGCCAAAGGAAGAGCAGAAGGGGCUGGGUCCUCCCGAGGCGGGCGCGGAGAAGCCGACGGUGCUGAAGCUGACGCGCAAAGGAGCCGCGGCGGCGGAGCCGGAGGGCGAGUCGGCCGUGUGAGGCCCCCCGCGCUCGUUCACCACAUUCCACGGAGUGCAGGUGCAGGAUCAAGAACUUCUACUGUGGGCUUUUUCUUUUCCAAGAAAGCAAAUUAGGACCUUCACUACUUGUAGCUAAAAUUUGCAGAAGAAAAGGCAGUUUCGUGCAAAAAUGUAAAUGAAAUUCUGUAGUCCUGUAUUCCUCUAGGUUUGAGCAGGUCGCUCUGAUGCUAAUUGCUUUCUCUACAACUUAGAAACGUCAUUUCUGAACACUUUUUUAUUAAGGAUACAUUUAGAUUUCAAAUAAGUUUUAUUAAUCUGCAUGAGACUCACAGUGUAUACAAUUAGCAGUUAGAAAAAUUAAGUUUUCGGCUGUUUUUAAACUAACAGAAAAUGGAAGCUAUCUCAACCUAUAGUCUCUUGCCAUUUUUUUGUCUGAACAUUUCAGAUUUCACUAGUGUAAUAACUGAAUCAAAUGCUUAGACAUCAAUUGAUUUUUUUCACGAGCAUGAUAUUACUGGUCUGACAGCUACGUUAAUUUUAGACUUCAUGUUUUUGUUAGUGCAAUUACUGCAGAAUCCUUUUAUUUGCAAUUAUUUUCAAGGAAAAAAAAAAGCAAUUACUGCGGUUUCUAAGAAACUGCCAUGAAUUCUUUUAGUCAUACUAUUCACAACCACUCCCAAAUCUGCUGCUUGUCAGGAGAGGGUGACACUGGGUGCUGGAUGUCAGCUGUAGAUGGAAGGAGCAGCAGCUGGGAGAGGUGACCAGCACUCACAGGUUUCUUUAUCACAAGUGCUGCAUUUUAUGAAUGUCGUUGGAAUACGCUGUGACAAUUUUUAGCUGAGAGUUUCACAUGCCGGUGAACUCGGGGGUUUUCUCAGCAUUUAAACCUGAUCAUCUCUGGAUGAAGCUGCCAUGGAGAAAGGGCAUCUCUGGGGUCAGCUUCGUGGGAGGGGGCGUGUGGAUUCUCUUCCCUAGGGAAAGGAAGUAAUUGAUUAAUUGCACUUUUUACGAUCCUUUAACCUCCUGGCUGGGAAUGCAGCAGCCGAGGUAAAGGCACCGGGUCAGUACAACAAGGAGAGCCCAAGGCCUACCUCUGUCACUUUAUGGCAUAGUCUGGGUGUAUAAAAAUCUGUGUCAGAAACAGUUUUUAGGCCUUAAAAUUCAAAUGUUGCUGUUCCAGUCCCUGUGUUGGAGGAAUUGUAGGCUGGAGCUCUUCUCAGCUGCCGUACCAAUGUCGUCAGCACAUCCUCCAUGUCCCCUUCCAUGAUUCAGGACACAGCUGCAGUGCAAAGAUACUUUUCUGGAAAGAGGUUGAAAGAGUUGUGCUAACUUGAUUUAAAAUAGGUUUGGAUCAUUAUCCAGCAGCCAUUUAAAGCAACUUCCAAAACUUGUUUUUCACAAACUUCUGACUGUCAUUUUUAACACAUGUUUGUGAAGCUGUUGACUCAUUUUGGCUUGGGCCCCCCAGUCUGUGUGCUGGACAGGCAAAUACAGCACGGUGUGAGAUUCCUGCCCUCAAACUCCUCCUUCUCCAAGACUUGCAAAUGCCUGCGUCAAUCAUGCUGCAAUCCAGGCAUUCAGACAAAGAAGCUAUAUUUCAAUAUGAAAAGCAGUUUUUAAUGAAUUACUUGAAUUGUCAGUGUAUUUGAGAAAUGAAUGUUUGGGUGUAUUUGAAGGUGGCAUCCGUGGAUUUCUCUGAAGGUUUCCAGUUGAUGCCUGGAAUGCCUAUGGCCUCUGCUAUCGAGGGUGAUGAUGUUUUUAGGCUGGUGACAUCACAGAGCACUGAGGUACAUGUAAUCACACAGGACUUAGGGGUUGUAUUUGUUUUUCCAAGUGUCUUGAGGAAGUCUUUUUUUUUUCCUAUGGUGAAUAUUUUUUUUAUGUAGAACAUGUACUGUGAACUGUGUUCAGCCAGGGGAGCAAUACUACUGAAGGGCUUGAGUCCUUACUGAAGAAAGCAGUUGUGAGAAAUUCUGCCGUGAAUUUUAUCAUCUCAGUUACAUUUAAUAUAUUCUGAUGAUGUUCAUGUGUGAGAGACAAGUGUUGUGUUUCACCCUAGAACUGGCAUUCAUGUCAGUUACAUGCUGAGUUACACAUUUUAAAGUGGCUUUAAUAUUUUAGUUUUGAAGCUCCUUGAAUAUCCUGCUUUUGGUUAAAUAACCAUACAAGUACUCCUUAUUUUAAUCUCUACUGCUGGAAAGGCUCCUCAACAGUUUAAAAACUUGCAUCUUCUGACUGGUGUCAGCCUUACCCUUUUCCCAAGGGUUCCAUGGACCAGCAUGGAUCAAAUCUCCAUUACUCCACAUUGCACUUUCUAAGCCAAGGUCUCUUUCACUGCACCCUCACACUGACCAAGUAGCUGCAGAGAGGGAGGAGAGGCUGAAUCUCCCUCUGACUUCACGUCCCAGAGAGGGAACAUGACACCAUUCGGGGAGUGAGCUCACCCAUGUUUAUGGAGCUUUCUCAGCCAGGGAAGGGCAAGCAGGGAGGAAGGACCUUUCAUUCUAAACCCAGAGGCUUCAAGCAGAGGCAGGGCAGGGCCAGUUUUGUCCCGGACAGCGUUUGGCAUGGUUUCAUUUCUAAGAACUGGAUGUUAAAUCCGUGUUUGGAGUUGUUCAUGGGGCUCAUAAUGCAG